UUAAAACCAUUUCCAGUUUCCUCUUCCUUAGCUGAUAUCGAACAACAAAAUGGCCGGAAUUUUCACCGUCGGAAUGUUGCCGGACGACUGUCUUUCCGCCAUUCUCUCCCUCACAACUCCCGCCGACGUCGGGAAACUAUCCCUCAUAUCGUCGGCGUUCCGACCAGCGGCGGAAUCCGACGUCGUUUGGGGAAGAUUUUUGCCUGAAAACUACGCUCGGAUUAUCGCCGCCUCUGAUAUCUCCGACGAAGUUCCGUUUGGGUCGAAGAGAGAGAUUUUUUUCCGGCUCUGUUCUCCGAUCCUCAUCGACGGCGGUAAAACGAGCUUCGAGUUGGAUAAAUUUUCCGGGAAAAUCUGUUAUAUACUGUCAGCAAGAGAAUUGGGUAUCACAUGGAGCUCUGAUCCACUGUGUUGGAGCUGGAAACCGCACCCAGAAUCCAGAUUUUCAGAAGUGGCAGAGCUAAGAACAGUGAGCUGGCUGGAAAUCCAUGGAAGAAUAAGGAGACAGAGGCUGUCGCCAAACACAGAGUACGGAGCGUACCUUCUAGUGAAGAUAACAGAGAGAGCGUAUGGGUUGGAUUUGAUGGCGGCGGAAGUUUCGGUGGCGGUGGGGAAUGGAGGGCGGAUUUCAGAGGGCAGAGUAUGGCUGCAGCGGAAACAGAGGAAGGAGGAAGAUUUAGAGAGCUUGUUUUAUGGGAAUAGAAGGGAAAGAGUGAGGAAUCUAAUGGGAACAGAGGAAGAAGAAGAAAACAAUGGCAUAAGGGGUUUGAAGGAGAGAGAUGACGGUUGGUUUGAGAUUGAAUUGGGAGAGUUCAUGAGUGGGGAAGAUGAUGAUGAUGAUGAUGAAGAAGAUGUUCAUAUGAGUUUAAUGGAGAUUAGAGGCUUUCAGCUCAAAGCUGGAAUCAUUGUUGAAGGGAUUCAAAUUAGGCCUAAAAAUUGACAAAACUCAAAUAAAUCCUCCGUUAUUUGUUG